AUGAUGAACCGCUCUCUCCUGCGCUUGGCUGCGCGCUCUGUCCAGGCUGGCCCUGGUUCCUCUGUCGCUGGUCGGCGUUAUGCUUCUUCGGCAGUCUUUAACUGGGAAGAUCCCCUCGCCGCUGCGGAACUUUACACGGAAGAAGAAUUGGCUAUUCAGGACACAGCACGACAGUACUGCCAAGAGCAAUUGCAGCCGCGUGUACUCGAGGCCUACCGCAAUGAAGACUACGAUCGCAAGAUCCUCCACGAGAUGGGAGAGCUUGGCCUGCUGGGCGCUUCGAUUGAGGGAUAUGGCUGUGCCGGAGUUAGCACAGUCGCCUCAGGUUUGAUCACCAAGGAGGUGGAGCGAGUGGACUCUGGAUACCGAUCAGGCAUGUCUGUGCAGAGCUCACUGGCGAUGACGGGUAUCUACGAAUUCGGCACCGAAGAGCAAAAGCAGCGAUUCCUGCCCGGUCUAGCCAAGGGUCAAUUGGCCGGUUGCUUCGGCUUGACCGAGCCAAAUCACGGCUCAGAUCCCGGCGCGAUGGAGACCGUGGCCCGCGAGCACCCAACUCAAAAGGGCAUGUAUCUCUUGAGCGGCAGCAAAACGUGGAUCACCAACUCGCCUAUUUCAGACCUGGCGUUGGUCUGGGCUAAGCUUGAGUCGACGGGCAAGAUUCGUGGAUUCGUUGUUGAGCGUUCGCGAUGCCCGCCGGGUACAUUCGAGACUCCUGCUAUAAAGAACAAGAGUGCGCUCCGUGCUUCAAUUACGGGCAUGAUUCAGAUGGAUGAUUGCCCUGUUCCUGCUGAGAAUAUGUUUCCUGAUGUUGAGGGUCUGACUGGUCCGUUUACUUGCCUGAAUAGCGCGCGCCUGGGUAUCGCUUUUGGUAGCAUGGGUGCUUUGGAAGACUGCCUGGCUCGUGCUCGUGAUUACAGUCUAGAGCGCAAGCAGUUCAAGGGAAACCCUCUGGCGAAAUACCAGCUGGUUCAGAAGAAGCUGGCCGAUGCGGCGACUGAUGCGGCGUACGGUACUCUGGCCGCUGUGCAGGUAGCUCGCCUCAAGGAUGCUGGCAAGGCCACCCCCGAGAUGAUCUCGAUGAUCAAACGUCAAAACUGCGACCGAGCGCUGGUCAACUCGCGGAUUCUGCAGGAAAUCUUUGGCGGUAAUGCUGCUAGCGACGAGUACCACAUCGGACGUCAUGUAGCCAAUUUGUUUGUGGUCCAGACCUACGAGGGCCAGAGUGACAUUCAUGCGUUGAUUCUGGGCCGAGCCAUUACUGGAAAGCAGGCCUUUGUCUAG